CCUGUUUCCUGCUUUUUCAAAUGAGUACCUGUGCUGCUUUGUGUGUGUGUGUGUGUGUGUGUGUGUGUGUGACCCACCUCUGUCGACUGAGUGUGUGUUAUCAGGAUACAAUCUGGGGUUUUUUUUCUACCACCCACUCACUCACACUCACUCCCGUUAUUUCAGGACGCUUUGUAGGUGAUAUUCGACUUUACCUGUCCGGGUUGCACACCUGAGCGGACUCACCUGUCCCGACGCCGAAAGACUUUUUUUUUUUUUUUUUUUUUACCUUUUGAAUUUCUCUCGUCGCUCCAGAGCUGGAUAGAGAAGAAAAGGUGUGUGAGGAGAAGGUAAAACCUCGGGAGACAAAAGCGAUACACGGCUUGCGAAACGAGAAGAAAAGGUGCGAGGAGGAGGAAGGAGAAGGAGAAGGAGAAGGGGACAGACACCUUCCAUGUUUUUUUUGUUUUUUUUUUGCUUCCAACUUUUGGAGUUUCCUGCUUCUGUAACUUUCAGUUGGACUUCACGUCCUGACCUCUCACAGGAGAACCGGGUGUUAAUUUAAAAAAAAAAAUGCCGAGGGCCUUUCUGGUGAAAAAGGCGAAUGUUUCGCCGGGGAAGCGGAACUGGAGUGAACUCCCCGAUCAUGAACGAGGGGACGUCUACAUCCCAGUCUCCAUCUUCCCUCCGUCCACUCUGGUGAUGGAAGCUGAAGCCAGUCCAGCAGAGACGGCACCGCUCUGCCUCACCAAACAGUCUCGCUCGGACACGAAAACGCGCGCCGAGCUGCCGUCCAGCACGAUGCUGGGCCGUCCACAGAGCCCAGCGGCUCCCCAGGAGGUGAAAUCUGAGGUCAGGAGGAGGCCACAAGGCGGCUCCACGUACGUCCGAUCCAAAAUCAAGGUAACUACUGGCGAGUUACCACCCGCUCCUUCUCCUCUUCCUCUCUCUCUUCCUCCCAUUCCCGUCGCACCACCCUUGACUCCGCAGUCCACUGUGAUGCCGCUCGCCUUGACGACAACCCCGGCCCCGAUGGAAGUGGUCCCCAUGGUGACUAGAUCGACGGGUCAGAAACAGAGUUCGUCGCAGGCGAUAACGGGAGAGUUCGUGUGCCAGGUUUGCCAGAAGACCUUCCAUCACCAGCGGAUGUUAAACAGACAUGUCAAGUGCCACAACGAAACCAAGAGACACCUCUGCAACUUCUGUGGCAAAGGCUUCAACGACACCUUUGACCUCAAGAGACACGUGCGCACACAUACAGGAGUCCGUCCUUACAAGUGCACCCUCUGCGACAAGGCCUUCACCCAACGCUGCUCCCUUGAGUCUCACAUGAAGAAGAUCCACAGCGUCACCCAGAAGUACGCCUACAAGGAGCGACGCAACAAGCUGUACGUCUGCGAGGAGUGUGGCCACACGGCGGGAACUCAGGACGACCUGCUGAUCCACCUCCACUCGCUUCACCCCGACAGUCACCUGUUGAAGAGCAAGGCUGCGAGGAGAGGAGGAGGAAGUGGACGGGAAGGAGAGUCAGUCGGAGGAUCGACUCCAGGCUCUCCACGAGGAGGCGAUAGUGAUGAUACGACUGGAUCAGCGGGGCAGUAGAGGGGAAGGAAGCCCGGAAGAUCAUCAACAUGAGAAACUCAGGGGGGAUGGAUGAAGGAUGGAUGGCUGUGUUAACUGAUGGACAUAAAGGUGAAGUGAUAGAAGUCAAAAUACAUCGCAGUGCGUCAAUGUAUGUAUAUGUGUGUAUGGAUUUGGGUAUUUGUAUAUAACCCAGGCUACAGCGUUAAAUGAAACAAUGCACAAUACAAAGCCAAGUGUGAUUAAUAUAUGUUUUUACAUGGGAUUGCAAUGUGGAUGAGCUCAUUAACGUGUGUGUGUCAAUACAAUUGUAUUUUUCUCCAGUUAUAUUGCAUGUGAAUAUUACCUGUGGGCUUCUCUGUACAGCAAAAAAAAAGGACGUUUUUCUAUGAAAAAGGUAAAUUCUGUUCAUUAAAGGGAGUAAUA